UGGAGUUAUGGCAAUUAACUUGAUGACAAAUGAUACUUAUUCUCUUCCUCCACAAGUAAUAGGAAAUGUGAGAGGUGUAUUAAUUUUUAAAAUAAGUGAAAUCGUUUUGUUCAGGGCACCGACUGCUGUUUUGGUGCAAUUGCAAUGGUGGGGUGAAAGUAAUAAAAAUAUUCAAAAUUUAGGACCUAUUAAAGUACAUAAACAAGAAAGUAAAAAACCUAUAUGCCCUAUAAAUUUCGUAUACAAUAUAUGCACAAGCUUAAAUUUGUUUUAUUCGUACCUAGCCCAAUGUGAAUUGGUAAAGGUUGAACUCGUCACAGCUAUAUCAAAUUUGAAAUUAGGAAGUGCCCAAGUACAAAUACCUCAUGAUUUAUGUCAAACCAAACUAGCACAAAAUCAAGCCGCAAGUGUUUGCAAUAUAACAAAUGAUGAUGGAAUCAUAGUUGGAGAGUUACACAUUAAUUUUCAAAUUAAUUUCAAAGAUGACAUUACACCCCCAAAUUCCAGUAGAAUAACUGAAUAUGAACCCAUAACCUCUAGAAGAUCUAAAUUACAAGAAUUUCCUACAAUCAAUAAUGAUACAAGGCAUAUAGAAAAAUGUUCAGGUUUGCCCAAAAAAUACAGCAAAAGAUCUAAUGAUGAUGACAUAGCUUCAAAUAAUUCAAUAGACAUAGCAAUCUCUAGUCGAGAAAAUGUAUUAAAGUUUUUGCAUGGAGAAGAUAUGAGUGUUGAUUUACAAAAACAAGCAUUGAAAGAUAUAAGAAAUUUAUCACCAGCAAGUAGCUUGAUUGCAUUGGCUGAUGCUGAGCAUUGUUUAACUAAGAAUAGUUCAUGGACUCAAUGCCCAACAAAUAUUAGUUCUAAACUUGACAGUAUUUCAUAUAACACACAAAAGGACAGCAGUAUUUCAAAAUAUAUUGAAGAAAUUUCUAAAAUAACUAAACUUCGAAAACAAAAUGCAAUGGAGUCAAACACAAUUCCUAAAUUGGAUAAAAUUAUUCCUGAGGCUAAUAUUAUGAAACCUAAAAUUGCAGUUGUUGAUAGAUUAAUUAAUCAUGUUGAUAGUGUGCGAGUAACAGUUCAAACUUUGACUUUAACGAGAGCAGGCUUACGCAUUGUUCUUGGUUUAGAAAAUUUGCCGCUGGUAACUAUAUCUUCUCAAGUAACAUUUUUUGUGGAAUAUGCUAUGCCUUCUCUGGGAAAGCAGCAGGAUAAUGCAUCAAAUAUUAGUCGCAUAAGAAUCUGUGCAAAAAGUAAAGAUGGUCAAGAUGUUCCAUUCAAUCGGCAAUCUGUCCAUAAAGUACCUCUGUCUGCAAUAAUGUCUAAUGUCCCUAAUCCAGCAAUAGUGUUUAAUGUUUAUUAUCGUAAAGUAUCACAAAGACAGGCCAAACAUCUUGGACAAUGCCGAAUUACUCUCAACGAAAUUGUAUCCUCGCCUAAAUUACACAGCACUAGAAAGUGUCCAAUAAUUACAAGUCAAAAUGAAAAACUUGAUAAGGAUGUGAAUAUAAAAAGCAGUGGUAGCAGCCAUAAGUUGCCAGAGAAAACUGAUAGUGAAAAUGUCUUUUCUGAUGUAAUUGGAUUUGGAGGUAUUUUGGCUGGACAUUUAACUGUUAAAGUUGAACUGGGGUCUGGAUUAUUACAUUUUGGAAAACACUUUUUAGAAUCAUUUGCUGCAAAUCAAGAAAACAUAAGCAUUCCGAGUACAUUAACAAACAGUGAAUGUAAUGAAGAAGAGAUAGCAUCAACAACAUUCAAUGGUCAAUUUCUAGACAAUCAAAACCGUACUUUGGACUGUAUUAACCAUCGUAAUUGUGCAAUGUUCAAGCAACAACAAGCCCUGCCUCAAGAACGUUGCACAGUUUGUCGAGAUUUUUAUACUAAUAAACCUUUCCUGCAAAAAACGCAACAGCAAGUAUAUGAUGCACAUAUUAUGAAGCCCAUUAGAAAAUAUAAUGAAAAUAAAGUUACUUACCAAGAACUGAAAAGGCCAACUAUUAAGAAAACUAUUGUUAAACAAUCACAAAAUACUAAAGUUGCAGGAUGUUAUUUAGAUCAAACAAUAUUGAAGGAGCAACAGAAGGGAAAUGAGAUUUUAACAGAUUCUGAUGAUGGAAAAUUUGUAAAUACAGACUUAAGAGGCGGGAGGACAUUGUUAAAAGAUCGAGGAAAAGUUGCCGAUGCUGAUGUGGAAUCAAGGAAUGAAGAAGAUUCUACAUUACUACAUGGUUUGCUGUUUGUCAAUGAAGCACGAGGUUUAGAACCUCAAUUAUUACCACAAUCUUAUUGUCUUGUAAAUCGUGGCCUGUGUCCUGGAACUGGUGGUUCAAGUAAAAACAUAAUGUGUGAUGGAAAAUAUUUUCAAUAUUUAGAGACUUUUCCAUUACUUUGUAAUAAAGCAUUAAUGGAAAGAUGUCACAGUGGACAUCUGAUUAUAGAAAUUUGGUUGAAAGGACCAGGCCCCGCACAAAAAUUGGUGGGAGUAGCUAGCCUGCCUUUACAUGCAUUCUUUGUGGCGUACCAUGAUGCUAAUAUGGUACGAUAUUUGGAGAAAGUCAAGUUACCUGUUAUUUCUGUGGAUGGAUGGAUACCCCUACUAUCACCAAUAUCUGGUACGGUUUCUGGAGAAAUUCAAGCUUUAUUAGCCAUUGGUACAGAAAAGCAACUAGAAGAAUUAAGAACGUCUAGAAAUUUAAAACCAGAUAUUGUUCAAAUGUUAGAUGAUCCUCUAAAUUCGCCUCAUCAAAAGCAUCAUUCGAAAUCUAACAAAAAAUCUUCUAAGCAUGAGAAGAAACAUUCUAAAGUUUUAAGUUGCACUAUAGGUGUAAACACGUCACCUAUAGUAGUUAGGCAGUUUGCUACUAGUAUAUCUGACAUUAACUCCGAGUUUCCUCAAUCAUCAUCUACAAAUGAGGAAGUAAAUCAAAAAAAUUAUAAUACAGUAUAUACCCAAACAACAACUGAUGCUAAUAUGCCAACUGUUCUAGAGGAAUCAGAAUCUAUAACUGACACCAAAAGUUCUAAUGCUAUACCAUUGAGGAAGCCUAAUUCCUUUGCAAUCUAUCAACUUUUGUUUCACAACUAA